CACCCACUCUACGUUGCUAACUCCCAUCGCCGCUCCGACCCCAGACGACGCGCCUGCCACCAAGCAUUGCGACACCAUCGCCCAGGCUGUCCAAGAUCCGCUCAAAAGCGUCAGCUCGCAAGUCGCCCUCACUCAGGCUGCAACCGACCAUUCUUCUCUCCUGACGCGUCGCUCUCCCUUCGUAGCUGCCCCUUUGACGGCGGACGUGUCUCUUUUCAUCAAAGCGACCGCGAAGCGACGUCGCCAUGGAGGAUUCUGCAACAUACGGCUCCCCUGGGAACGGCGCAUCCCCCAAUGGGAACCCUAUAUUGGCACAACCUCCGCUACAGCCUGAUGCUGGUGCGACCGAUGGUCACGACAUUCAAAUGACCGAAAACAACGCCAAUGAGGCCAUCAUCAAGCAAGACAGCGCCACCCCCGGCCCGGUGGUGGCUCCCGACGACCCAUUGAACGCCCCGGAAGGUCCUCCGGCUGAGACAACGGUUCGCGCUGAUGAGGAGAUGGGCGAUGCGCCGACCGACAAUGCCAAGCAGCCAGCCGCCGCUGCAGGCGAGCAGGCAGUACCCGUAAGCGACGGCCAGGAUAGCAAGCCCAAGGAGACCAUCGAGUCCGCCGCCCGAGAACACCUCGUCUCUCAGACACAUGCCAUUGUGCUACCUAGCUACAGCACUUGGUUCGAUAUGAACGGUAUCCAUGGCAUUGAGCGCAAGGCCAUGGCGGAGUUCUUCAACAACCGAAACAGAAGCAAGACACCCACGGUGUACAAGGAUUACCGGGACUUCAUGAUCAACACGUACCGCCUCAACCCUGCCGAGUACCUCACAGUCACAGCCUGUCGUCGCAAUUUGGCAGGGGACGUGUGCGCCAUUAUGAGAGUGCAUGCCUUCCUGGAACAGUGGGGGCUUAUCAACUACCAGGUGGACGCGGACCAAAGGCCAUCGCACGUCGGGCCGCCCUUCACCGGACACUUCAAAAUCAUCUGCGACACUCCCCGCGGUCUCCAAGCGUGGCAGCCAUCGGCUGACCCUGUGGUUCUCGAAGGCAAGAAGAACCAGGAUACAGACAGGAAAGCCAGUGCCUCAGCCGCCGGGAAAGGCGACUUGAAUCUCGAAAUUGGGCGGAACAUUUACGAAGCCAACGCCAAGGGCACUCCCGUCGGAAACACGGAGACGAAGUCAAAUGGCGAGGCGCCAGCGACGAACGGGGUGUCGGGCGCGGAUGAGCUUACCACGACGCCGGUGACAAAGGUGAAUUGUCAUCAGUGCGGCAAUGACUGCACGCGCGUCUACUUUCACAGCACACAAACGGAUCCGACUUCCAAGGCCAAGUACGAUGUGUGCCCGCUCUGCUUCACGGAGGGCCGGCUACCCGCAAACCAUACCUCCAGCAUGUACACGAAGAUUGAGAAUCCAGCGUACGCGACGGGUGUUGAUCGGGAUGCCCCAUGGAGCGAUGCUGAGAUACUUCGACUACUUGAAGGAUUGGAGCGGUUCGACGAAGACUGGGGUGAGAUUGCGGAUCACGUGGGAACCCGAACUCGUGAAGAGUGUGUCUUGCAGUUCCUUCAGCUCGACAUUGAGGAGAAGUAUCUUGGCUCAGAACCUGCCGUCAACGCACCGACAGGCCUGUCGAUGCUAGGAUCGCAACACGGGCAGCUUCCAUUCAGCUCAGUAGACAACCCGGUAAUGUCGGUCGUGGGUUUCCUGGCUAGUCUCGCGAAUCCAGCCAGCACGGCCGCCGCCGCACACAAAUCGGCCGACGAGUUGAAGCGGAGCUUGCGGAAGCAGCUCGAUGGAGGCCAGCAAACCGACACGGGCAACGGUGUCCCUGGCAGCAAGAAGGAGGAGGGGGAGGCACCCAAGGGUGGCGACUUGAUGGAUGUAGAUGUCCACCAGGAGCUGACGACGACGUCCACGACAAGGACGACUACGACGACUACGACUACGACUACGAACAAGGCGACCUUGGCAUCGGUCCCUCUGGCGUCAAUCGGCGCGCGGGCCGCGGGCUUCGCAUCGCACGAAGAACGCGAAAUGACGCGACUUGUUUCGGCGGCCGCCAAUGUGACGCUGCAGAAACUGGAGAUGAAACUCAAAUAUUUCAACGAAAUGGAGGAAGUGCUGCGGGCGGAGAGGCGCGAGCUGGAGCGUGGUCGUCAGCAGCUCCUGCUGGAUAGGAUCGCGUUUCGGAGGCGGACGCGCAACGUGGAGGAGAAGCUCAGAGCGGCGGCUGCAGUGGGUGGUGAGCAGGGAGCUCGCAUCGCACACGAGUCAGCGGCGGGCGAGGCUGAAGGCCUGAGUUUCCAACCAGCCGGCACCACGUCAGCAACACUGCUUCCGCCCAGCAGUGAUGUGCAGAUUAAGAGUCAUGAGGUGUGAGUUGCGAGGCGUUGAUGGCGGGUAAUUAGGACCAAUGGAGGGAGGCCGAGGAAGGGAUAUGAUGUGGAAAGACGCUGAAAGGAAGGCAAUAGGUAUCUUUACCCCUUCUCUUCCCGCACUGUUUUCGUGCCCCUGACAGGCCGCGGUGCUCAAAGAAGAAGGUAUGGGACGAGAUGAUGCGCGCGGGAAUGUUGCGGACGCAUGUAUGUAAUUGUAUCCUGUGUUUGAGGAUUUUGUUUUCGUUUUCGUUUUCGUCUUGCCCUUUGUCUCCCUUUUUUCUUGUCCCCUUUGUGGUGUGCCGGGUUAUCAGGCAGGUCUCUCUGGUUGUGCCAAUGUAACCUUUUUCGUGAGAGAGGGGAGUUUAGUUUUACUGAGGUACGUACCUAGUUUUGCGGAGAGGAAAGCGGCGCCAUCACCAACAAUGCAAAGUGGACAGACACCCUUUCUUCUUUCCAGAUUUCCUUGACAUUUCCUUGACCUGUCAGACUGCAAGCAAAUAAGUACCUAGGUACUGUUACUGGGUACUAACCUCAUGCGUACGUGCGUGGUACAGUGCAGUGCAGUGCAGUGCAGUGCAGUACAACAAUGCGCAGACUGGCAAAGGAGGUGGGCGCCGCCCGGUACCGGGGGCUGGCAGGUCAUGUCCGGCGG